AUGACCUUGUUGAAGGAGGAGAUGGAGGAUGAGGAUAGGGACAAAUGGAUAGUGUGGUUUGACGGUGCGUCCAACGUACUAGGCCAUAGAGUAAGGGCAAUUUUGGUUACCCCCGAUGAUCAAUGCAUACCCUUUACAACUAGCUUGGGCUUUGACUGCACGAAUAACAUGGCUGGGUACGAGGCGUGCGCCCUUGGGAACCAAGCGGAAAUUGAUUUCAAGGUCAAGGUGCUCAAGGUGUAUGGGGACUCGGCCUUGGUAAUCCACAAGUUGAGAAGAGAAUGGGAGACUAGGGAUCAUAAGUUGAUACCCUACCAGGCCUACAUCAAGAAAUUAACAAAGUUCUUUGAUGAUGUAUCCUUCCAUCAUAUUCCCAGAGAGGAGAACCAGAUGGUCGAUGCCCUUGCCUCCCUGGCAUCCAUGUUCCAACUAACCCCACAUGAGGAUUUGUCGUACAUCGAAUUUAGAUGUCGUGGCAAGCCUGCACACUGCUACUUGAUAGAAGAAGAGCAAGAUGGCAAACCUUGGUACUUUGACAUCAAGCAAUAUAUCGAAGACAAGGAAUACCCGUGGGAGGCCUCUAACAACGAUAAAAGGACGUUGUGA